AUUCACCAAGAAACUGAUGGAAAUUUCCUCCUUUCUUUGCCUGAUUCUCCUGGUGGCAAUCAUGGGCACCACCACCGGGUUCCACCUCACCUCCGCCGCAAAACCACCACCCUUUCCAUCCUCAAUCUCACUACCACACCCACGUUUUCCACCCACCAGUUAUUUUCCUCCGCCUCGGCCGCUGCCACUGGUGGAGAUUCAAAAGAAACAGCUGAACAAUAUAAUCGACGCCCUAAACCGGGCCGGAGACUUUGCGAGAUGGAUCAAUUUGCUCUCCUCCAUCAACCCAUCAUCUCUGCCGCUCACCGCCACUCUCUUCGUUCCGAGCAACGAUGCCAUCUCCGGCUUUCCAACCGCCAACGCCGCCGGAAUGAACUUCGACGCUUUUAUUGUCCCUUACCACAUAGUCCCCCAGCGCCUCUCUUUCUCUGAUCUACAACAGUUCCCUAUCCUCACGCGCCUCCCCACGCUCUUCCCUUCCAAGUUCAUCGUCAUUACCAACACUUCGCGAUUCAAUUUCACCCUCGAUGACUCUCUAGUCACCCAUCCAGAUAUUCUUGUGAACGCUGCUUUUUCAGUGCAUGGAAUCAACAAAGUUCUUGAUUACAAUGUCUAUGGCAGCAAUGACAACGGCCUCUUUUCACCACCGCCGCCGCCGGGCAAGACAGCAGCAUCGACGCAUAUGCCUAAACCGAUCCUUAUGCCACCGUCGCCAAAUGACCCAAAACCGGUGGAAGGAACUAUCAUUCUGCCACCAUCUCCAAAUGACAUGAAACCGGAGGAAGAAACUAUUAUAGAGGUGAGUUUUGGCGUGGCACGCUUGAGCAAUGUGUUCUUCGUAGUAUUUUUUUGGAUUUUUGUGCUGUUUUUGCAUCCAAGAUUCAUUGAAAUUCCCACAGAUUGAUUUGUAUGAUAGUCAUAGUUAGAAUUAGUAAAGGGAAAAUGAGAGUUAUAGGGUCCCCUGUUUCUUGAUAGCUUCAUUGA